AUGAUGUCCAAAGAGAGACGCAGCUCUGUGAAGAUGGUGUCCUUCCUCAGCUGUCUGCACUGGUUGUCUGUUUACUUGUUCUGUACAGCGAGUCUCUUAAGCACAGGUAAAGAAACACUUGCACUCGAAUGCAGACAAUCUGACCUCAUACAGACACCCAGGGACUUACAGUUUUUUAAAACUACUGUGAGAAUUAAACCAGUCGUCUUUGUAAAGUAAGUGUUUCUUGAGACCUUCAUGUCUCUGCUCUGUUGAACUCUGCUGAGCUCGAGGCCUCAGAGGAGUUAGCUUCCCCAUGUGUUACCAUGGAGCUUACCGGCUGUCCAAUCAGAGUAAGAGAUCAUGCCGACAACUAACCCUCCAAUGUUUAUGAUUGGAGCUCAUAUGUUUUUCUUCUCUUCUUGUUCUAAGGGUGGAUCUGCAUGUAGACUUAGCUGCAGAUCUUACAUUCAUUAUAUUUAUAAAAAGCAGUUUCACAGAUCUACAAUGAAGCAUCUUAGGAAUAAAUACUACCUUCAUUUUAUUUUACAUGUAGAGCAAAUUCUAUUUUACCGUACUGUAGUAAUUACUUUCUAUGAAUUGUACCACAUUUUACAACCUAAGCUCCAGAGAAGCUGUGAUGGUUUGUGAAAUCAUUGUAGUCCUACAUUUUGAUUUUGACGCCAGUACAACAGGGGCAUAUGAACCCACCCGGACUCUCCUUCUAUAGAGCCAUGCCACUGUGACUCCUGGGAAAUGUGUCCCUAACCUGUAUAUAUUGCCUUCCCUGAAGGCUACUCAUGCUGUGGGCAGUUAUGCAUCCCCAUAAAAUUAGACAUGCUGGGGAUUUAACUGUGCACAGAUGAGCUGAGGAGUCCCUCUUCUCUUUAAGACAGAGAAAAAAAGCACCUGUGGUUCCUGACAAGAGAAUAAGAUUUUGAUUUGCUAGGCCACAGUUAAUUUUUCCAACUUUUUUCAGCCCAUCUUAAAUCAGCUUGGGCCAAGAAAAGUCUGGACCAUGUUUAAUUUUGUUCCCUCUUUGCAUGGUCGAGUUUUUAACCUGCGUCUGUAGAAGCAGCAACAAACUGUGGAAACAGACUCUGAUUUCUGGAAGUGAUUUUGAGCACAUGCUGAGAUUUAUACCACAUGUCUGUUUUUAAUGCAGUGCUGCCCAGAGGCUUGAAGCACAUGGUCAACCAAUAGCAAUAACCUUUUUUUUUCUGACUACAACUUCACUUUAGUAAUAUUUGGAGCAAAAAGUUGUUUUUUUUUAAAAGAGGAAGAUGAGGGUAGCAAGAAAGUAACAUUCAACUGAAUCAGAUAAACUGAAUGAAUUGUAUGUAGUAAUAACAACAACAACAACAACAACAAUAAUGUUUAUUACACUAAAGAGAUAAAAAAUAAGAUUGAAAAUAAAAUAAUACAGCCAGCAGGAGCAACAAGUUUGACAGACUAGAUCGAAGAAUAAAAGAAGAAAAAAUGGAUGUAAUACUAAAAACUUUAAUCAAUGGAAAAACAAUCACAUAGAUCACAUAGACAGAGGAUUAUGGAUAAAACACAGUUCAGGAGACGGCUUGACAAUCAAGGUGUAUUUUUUGAUUGGAUUUAAAAGAAGACGCUGAGGUAGCGAGUCAGCUUUUAUUUUAAUGUUGAGGUGGGAAAAACAAGGAGGUUCCUACCUGAGAAUAUCCGGCUCUGCAUGGGAUGGGAUGGGAAUAACAGCUCAGAUUUCAGGGCCCAGACCAUGAAGAGCUUUAAAAGAAAGAAGUUCAGUAUUGAAGAGACAUAAUGGUUUGUGUGUCAUUAAAAGUCAGUGCAGAUCUUAUUCUGGCAAUAUUUCAGAGGUGAUAAUAACAGGAUGGAUGGUUUUGUUGAUCUGCUUUUAAAUGUGAGGCUAUAAUUUUGCCAAACGGUAAUGAAAAUAGAACUGGUCCUUAAAUCAAACCCUGUGGGACUCCACAGCUUAGUCCAGAGUAAAGAGGUACAUUUUUAUUUUUCAAAAAAAAACAAAAAACUUUUAUAUCCAAUUAAUAAAACUAUUUCAGAGCUUUGCUUGAUAGACCAACUGAGUUGUGCAGCCUUUCAAUCAUAACUCUAUGGUCGACAGUAUCAAAGGCAGCAUUCAAAUCUAUUAAAGCAAGGACCAAGCACACACCACCAUCAUCACCGCCACACUCUUAAAAAAAAAAAACAUUUGUAUUAAAUAUUUAUAAAACUAGUUUACAGUUUUUCUCAGGGACGGAAAUAUAAUUGUAUACAAACCCUUGAAUAAGCACCUAAUAUUUUCAGGUCAACACAAAGCAUCACAAGCAAACAUUCACAAGAGAUGAUCUGAAUGAAAGACAUUUUAUUACAGGCUUUGUGAGUGUGUGAGUAGGCUCGAAACAAGGCCACCUUUUCUAAUAAAAUGGUGGAGGGCUCACAAUAGCAGAGUUGGAACAACCUUGCAAGUUGUUGGCUGACAAUAAGGCGAUUAAAAGGAGCUUUUCUAACUGGUUUACCAUUGUCAAAGACAAUAUAAAACAUGGAUGCAAUCUCAAGGUUUUCACCCUCACCUAUUGGUGAUGAUACAAGCUUUCUGUCAGCCUUGACACAGGCAAAGAGAUGGAACUUGUGGUAUGUGUUUGGCCUCCAACACAAAAAAGUGACAUCCCAGUUGAUACAGUAAUGCCCUUAAUUAUGCACCAAAUCCUGGUGUCAGCAUUAGUCUGAAGCCCUGUCCAUUCAUUUGCAGCCACAAGUUUUAAAGCCACGUCAUCAUAACUGAAAGACAAAUUGUAUGUGUAUGCUAUCACGUGUAUUUUAUCAUCAUAUACGUAUGUUAAUCCUCUUUUACGGAAAACUAUGCUUUCAGAGUCAUAUCUGUUUCUUUUUGAUGAGCAUGGGAAAGGAGAAGUAUGGCCUUAGCGUUGAUACUUUUCCACUGAAGCCACUCAACUAGAUGAACGCUAUCAUUUCACUCACAGGUUGUUUUCCCAACAGUGUGACAUUGAACUGAUAAGCAGGAACCUGAUGAUGAACUGAGCUGUCUUUGUCUUCCCAGUACAGACCACAGCUGCAACCUGUACCCUAUUUGAAUACCGUUGUAAUGUCAUGCCACUUGUGAGAUGAUAUUUUAGCAGGCGGAGGUUUCUGUUUCCUGACUGCAUAAAGGAUGUGUACAAAUCUGAAUUCCUUAGUCAGAGGAAGCUGCCUUUGUUGUAAGCCGCUGACUCCUUGCAAGUAAAACAUUUUGAAGACAAAGAAGACCACACACUCUUUGUCUUUGUCGUUCCUCUCAGCUGGCUGCAAGUUAGAUGCAGUAUAAUUUUUUCUGAUAAUAAUGUGGAUUGGGAAAACAAGUUUUGGGAAACACUUACUGUACAUACUUGUGCUUGGAAACUGUCUUUUAUUGCGAAUUCACCGAGAUGGCAGCCUCCCAGUCUGUUUGGGUCUGCUUGGUACUGACAGGGUUAAGUGAAGAAACCUCAUUGUACUUUAUUACUGUACUGCUGUGUGGGUUGUGUAUGUCACACUCAAUAGUUUUUAAUAAGUCACUCAGUAUACAGUACAAGAACUGUUUCCAACUGACUCAAGAGGAUGCUCUAUAUGCAUGCCUGCAGUAUUCCCCUACAGCGAUUCCACAUCACAGGCUGAUUACACAUUACUGAUACUGACCGGUCCAGCAUGCUUAUGUUGACUGUUUCAGCCGUCUCUGUGAACACCAGCACCUCUGAGGUUAACACUUUUUUUAUCAAAGCGAGAGAGAAAAAAAAGUUAAGGUAGCUUUAGUGCUACCAAAACAAAUGACGAUAACAGACGCAAUAAAAAAACACACUGGCAAAAAGCCAAAUACCAGUGGAUAGCCGUGCUUAUGCUCAUGCGAAAUGUAGUCGUCAUUACAGGAAAUUCUGCCAAUUUAAUCCAAGGAGGGGGGUCACCUAAUUCAGAACCACAUGAAAAGUCCUUAACAGUGCCUGGAGUAUGUGGGUCGAUGAGGCUUACUUAGCUUCUGGAAACAGUUGGAAGUGGACGCUCAAGAAACCGCCACAUAAGUGGCUUCAUUUUCAACACCAGGAAUUGCCUCUUCUUCGUUGCCAGAUGAGGAAAUGGAUUAUUUCAGGUUGCCUGCAUAAAAAGGGGCCCUCAGAGGGUUUAGUUACCAUUGCUCCUGACUGUUGCUACCACAGUCAUCACUAACCACGUAAAACUCAUCACAGGAACAGUAUUUGAAGCAGAGUAGUUUGCUGCAGGGGCCCCGAACUCUAAAUUUAACUCUGUCAUCUCUGGCUGAACACCGUCAUCCUGACUGUGAUUCCUCUGAGUCAUGUUUCCGCUCUAAUCUAAGUUUUCUUCGUCUCUGUGCUUGUUACCUUUUAGAAAAAGGAAGAAAAAAAAUCAGUUUUGUUGGUAACAGCAAGAUACUGAAGCCUGUAAUUCUGGUAUUUUUAUUCAUGGAAAGAAGGAUCUCACUCUGAGAGUACUUUUUUCUGAGCUAACCACCAAAUGAAAACAGUCUUAAAUAAGAUCGAGAGAAAUAAUGAAACGCCUUUGAAUUCCUGUGUAUCGUUAGACCGCAAAUAUGAUGUUGUUAAUUUCACGCAGGCGCUUCUUUUGAGAGGAGAAAAGCUGAAUCGAUAUUUAAUGUAUCUAUUAAAAUGUGAGUCAAUUACAGCUUGGUGACAGAAAGCCUUCUCUGAAUGAAUUAUAUUUAUCCUCGAAGCUUACGACUGGAGAUUAGGAAGCAGCUAAUGUGUGUCUGUAAUUAAAUUCAGGACAUGUUUGACUUUCUUUAGAAUUGAAGACUGCACACGGGAUGCAGGUGACAUCAACCGGCCCACAGACCAUUCAGAAAGCCGAGGGAGAGAGUGUGACUUUAGGCUGCAGGUACACACUGAGCGCUUCUGACACUGGAGAACUUGAUAUCGAAUGGUCUGUGGUCAGUCCAGACCCGACGCAGAAGGAUCAGAUGGUAAGAGGGAGAAUAAAGAUGGUUUCUGUAUUAUAAUGGGAUUAUAUAGGACAGCUUCAAACUCAUGCCAAGAUACCUUCGUAUAUGUGUGUGUGUGUGUGUGUGCGUGUCGGAUUUUGCCUACUUUUGGGGACACACUAUAAACUUCUAACCAGCUAAUUGGGGACAGAUAAUCAAACCGAAGAAAAAUCCGACUCUGGGUCGGGAAAAGCAGAUUUUGUUGUUGAGUGGUUCAGGCAGCAGAAGUCAGGGUAACACUCAGGAAGUGAAUGUAAAUUCAUGUUAUGUAAAUAUUUGCCUGUGUCUGGAUUUGAGCUUAUUUUUCCAGGCUUGAAAAUAAAUAUUCACUAUUUUAAAAUAAAAUCGCGACAGCAUCCAAGGACGUAAACAUUUGUAUUAAACCAGAUAAUAAUUGAGUACUCAAAGAGACUGGAGGCCUUUUUCCAGCUUAAAUGAAAACAUCACCUCACAAUAACCUUGUCUGUUUUGAUUAUACCCAUAUAAAGAGGAAACGAAAACUUCUUUGCAAGCAUCUUUUACUGUCUAGUAGGAAUACAACUUCACAUUAGGUUUAAUAGAGCUCUUCUCCUUAAACUGGUACUUUGCUGCGAGUGGCACAGAGACUAAUAAGAGUAAAUUUAACCCUGAAUGAGUUUUUAAACAUGAUUAAAGGAGAUCCAGGGUGGAUGAAAUACAAAGUGCUUAUUUGUUAUCUUUUACAUGGUUGAAAUAGUUUAAUGCACAGGUUUAAUAAGUGCUCCAGAUUUAAUUCUUCAACAUGUGGUGUCUCUCUGCUGUUUGUUUUCUGUCAGCUCAUAUCCUACACCAGUGGCACUAAAUACAUCCACGGUGACAACGACGUUGUAAAAGGACUCGGUUUUGCUGCCAAUGAUCCCUCAUUUGGUGAGGCUUCGCUCUCAAUUUCUCCGCUGUCACCUGCUCACAGCGCCACCUACCAGUGUAAAGUGAGGAAGUCGCCCGGAGUGGACACACGCAAGGUGUCGCUAAUGGUACUGGGUAAGGCCACACAUCGCACUGCUAUUAGAAAAGAAUAAUUUUACCCUUCAUAUAACCAUUAAAUCUCCUCUUGCUUGUAUGUGAGUCAUCUUUUAACCAUCUUAUCUUGCUGGUUUUGUGGCAUCCCACUGUUUCCCCUAUGCUGCUAUGGCACAGAUAGCAGCGUAUAGGAAACAGCUUCUUAAAAAAAAAACACCAGUACUGCGUCCCUAAACUGCUGUGAUUCCUGUCUGUGUAUUUAUUAGUUUUAUUCCUGGAAAAUGUACCUGUGCAACCAUGUUCUCAAACACAUGGUUAAUACCACUCCGUAAAAAGUUUCAUAUGCAUGCUAAUAGGAAUGGUCUUAUUAAAGAAGGGUUCUCUCAAUUUUCAACCACAGCCCUACGUUCAAACCAGACAGAUGUCUCCGUCUUAUUCAUGAGUAGCCUCAGUGCAUAACCAAGUACUUUCUAGAGUUGCUCAGAAACGCAAUAAAAGACUGACUGAUGUGCACAAUCUAAUGAGCAUACAUGCCAUGGUUAGUCGUUGCAAGUAUCAUAAAAACAAACUCAGGUGGGGGGUGGGGUUAUUCUGCCAGGGCUAAAAGAAGCUGUAGAGAGGUAGUAUAGGCAAUAUAAUCCUCAUAAUGGCUGUAACCCACAAGCACAUUCUAGAUUAAAUCAAAACAGCCUGCACUCACUGCGCUAUAGGGCACACUAACAACAAAAUGCCAUGUUGCUAGGCAACAGAGUAGCUGUUGAGGUUUUCCUCUUGUAACAGAGUUAAAUCUGUGGAUGAGUUUAUUGUGUUUUCUCCAAAUUAUUCGUAACAAUCUGUAAUAGUGCCAGUUUACCAGAGCCUCUUUCAUGCAUGUAGUCCUGAUCCUUUCUGGAUCAUUUUAGGACUUCCAUGUCCUGGUACAUUUACCUUUCACACAUCUGCAGCACAGGUGCAAGAUUCUCAUUGUUGUGUGUGCUAUUAAAGCACAAAAUAAUCAGUGCAUUUCAAGUGGCCCUGUUGGUGGGAGUCCGGUGCAAUGGUGCUGGUCUCUGAUUUAAUAUCAGUACAACAUGGAAAUAAUGUGUCCCAUAGCAGUAAACAAAUGUACAGUGAACCAGAGUGAGCAGUAAAGAGUAUAUGGCAGAGAAACAUCCUCAUCAUCACCUCGCCCACCCACUUGCGAUCAUUUUGUUCCAGACUAUUAGCUGCUGCGUUCAUACUUCGGCUCACCCCAAUUUUACGCCCACACUUUACUAGAGGGCAGACAGAAAUAAGUCUGCAUAAAGUCAGAGUGAACGGAUUCUCACAUGCAUCCCACUCAGACAAUUUUCAGAGGUGCUGUGCUUAAAGGAGACUUCUGUCUUUGUGUCCCAUCCUAACUAUUUGGAAACUAAUGUUGAACUAAAAUGGCCAACAAAAAGUGACAACCUCUAAGAUUAUUGAAGAAAAUAAAUGCACACAAGUGUUUAAGCGCUAAGCUUUUUUUGUUAUAGCCACAACCAGUGGGAAAAACUACAGAUUUUUUAUUGUGCGUUUUGAGAGUAAAGUCUUCCAUCAAGUUAUAAACUUAUUUAAAUGAAGUCAGCAUGAAGCUGGAAGUUACUCAAUAAACAGACUUACGUCUUCCCAAUUUAUCAUAAACUGACUUUACAUUUUAAGCCAUAAACACUAUUAAUAGUUUAAAGUCCCACUCCAAUUAUUUUUCUUUUUUUAACGACUCAAAGUAUUAUCAGGGGUCUUUAAAUUGGGAUUAUGAAGGAGUGGGUCUUCAACUACAAUAUUACAAAUAGCAGCAGUAAGAUACACUGACAGGUGUUGAGGUAUAAAUUAUUUUACUACUUUUUCUAAUCAUUAAGACUCUAAUCACUUCAUUUUGAUUGUACUGUGAAAUCAUGGAAACGCGCUUGUUUCUUCUGUUGUGUGACUGUAUUUUAUUUGUGUCUGGUGUGUUUGCUGUACCGUUCUGUUUGUUUCUUUCCCCUGCUGCUCUCUUGAUCAAGUCACUCUUAGAAAAGAGGUUUAAAUCUCAAUUAGUUUAUUUUUAUUUAUUUUAUUUUAUUAACCUGGUUAAAUUAAGGGUAUUGAUUGAUUGUUCUUAACUUUAAACUCAAAUUUUUGACAUGAUUCUUCAUGUAUUUUACUUCCUGACAUGCAUAAUCAAAAAACAGUCUUCCUUAAAUCAUUUUCCUGUAUCUCUGGCCUUUUUUUUUUUUUUUUGCAUAGUUGAUGACAAAGUUCUUCCCUUCUGCAGUCUUGGACCUUCAGCUUCCUAGUACUGCAUGCCGUUAACAAUAUGACCAGAAAUUGACAAAAUCAAGCUCCAUUCACAUAAAGGUCAGAAUCUAAGUGGCAGCUGACAGUGGCUCUCAGAGUAUACAGCCCUUUUACCUUUUUUAAAUUUAUUUUAUUUAUUUAUUUUUGUGUAGGAGGACAAGCUAUUGUUCAAUAAGGACUCUCAUUCAGUCAUAGAGCACAUUUUGUACUCAGUGCUUUACCCACUGAUCUUCAAAGAAAAGAGACCCUUGACAUUACAAAAAAAAAAAGGGAAAAAGGCUUUUUUACUCCAAUAGUUUACCACUGUUCCCAUUUAUUAGCCUCAGUGCUUUUGUCAGUAUGUUGAUGAACUCAGAAGUUCAAACAGGCUGCUCUAUCUGCUCAUGAAGCACAGUGAGACAGGUGUCCCGCUCUGCUCUUGGUCUGGACCACUAGGAUUAAAAGGUACAUUAAGGGAAGACGGCUUUGAAAAAACUGGUACAGAUUGAGUGUUUGAUGAGACGCUAAAGAGAGAGCCCAGUAAUUUGAAAUGACACCUCACUUUAAGCCAUUUGUCAGUCAAUCUUCAAGUUUACCAGAAGGUGAAAGUAAUUUACUUGAUUUUUGUCCAGCUCAUCGUAUCUGAAAAGCAUGAGCACAUACUGAAGUGCAUGAGGAGGUCGCCUCAUUGGCAGAUUUAUUGGUCUAAUUUUAUGACUGAAUAAAAACUUCUUACAGUGACAUCCCAUGACUAAGAAAAUAAUCAUCCUUGCUUAAAAAUAACUUCCUUUUGGGAGCCUCCUGGAAUCCAAAUUGAGUUGAUGGAGUAAUGAGUAAGUCAGGAUGUAGUUUAACACAAUGAUUGAUGACUUGAUUUUAAGUGGCUUUCAUUUUUAAUAGGGAACUCAAUGAUCAGAGUUACAAGUUGAGGGAAAGGGGAUUUUAUUACUACUGUGUUGCAUUUCGCCUAAAAAGGUUACAGACUGAGAAGGAGACAUUUUAAAUGACCAAUAUCCGUUCUCGAAAAGAAAACCCAUUAUAGGCCAGAUCAUACCCAUGUCUCGGGGAGUCCUGUGUGGGCUGCUGCAUGAGUAUGGGGUAUCGGACACUCUGUUAAGGGCUGCUAGUUCCCUGAAAGACUGGUGCCAGAGCUUGGUCUGCAUAGUCAGUAGUAAGUCUGACUCGUUUCCAGUGAGGGUUGGACUCCACCAGAGUUGCCCUUUGAUGCCGGUCCUGAUCACAACUUUCGUGGACAGAAUUUUAUGACACAGCCAGUGUGUCGAGAGGGUCCAGAUUGGUAGUCUCAGAAUUGGGCCACUGCAACCUAGUGUGAAGCAGCUGAGAUGAGAAUCAGCACCUUCAAAUCUGAGUCUGUGGUUCUCAGCCAGAAAAGAAUGGAGUGCCGUCUCUAGAUCAGGGAUGAGAUCCUGCCCCAAGUGGAGGAGCUCAAGUAUCUCUGGGUCUUGUUCACGAGUGAGGGAAGAAUGGAGUGGGUGAUCCACAGGCAGAUCAUUGCGGUGUCAACCGUGAUGCAAACGCUGCACAGGUUUGUUGUGGUGAAGAGGGAGAUGGCUGAAAGGCAAAGCUUUCAAUAUAUUAGUGGAUCUACGUCCCUUCCCUCACCUAUGGUCACGAGCUGUGAGUAGUGACUGAAAGAACAAGAUCUCAGGUACAAACGGCUGAAAUGAGUUUACUCUGCAAGAUGCCUGGGCUCUUCCUCAGAGACAGAAAUACACCUGCUGCUCCUCCGCGUUAAGAGAGGUCAAAUGAGGUGGCUUGGCCAUUUAACCAGGAUGCCUCACAUGAAGACACGCUUGAGAGACUAUGUCUCAGCUGGCCUGGGAAUGCCUCGAGGUCCCUCAGGAAGAGCUGAAAUAGGUGGCAAGGGAGCAGGAAGUCUGGGCCUCCUUGCUUGGGCUUUCCCUGCAACACGACUCUGUAUAAGCAGAAGUAGACGGAAUGAUGGAUGGAUGGCUUACCGUUUUCAAAUGUCACCUCAUUUUAUACAGUUAAAUCUCAACUAAUCAGUUUGCACUGACCUCAUGUCACUGUGCUGCAUCUUCUGCAUGUGACCUACUUUUUUACUUUAUUUUUUUUUUUCAGAAAACACCUGCACUGUUAAAUGAAAUAACAUCCUCAAACCAGCACAAGCUCAAGAGUUGCAACUUCAGUAAGUGGCAUCAUGAAGGAAAAACAACAAGCCACUUAGAGACAGUCAGCAGUUGAAAGUGACACUGCAACAGGCAACUUUCACGAUUUUAUGUGUGGGCCACCCACCGUUAGUGAAGCUCGAGAGUGACUUCAUAAUUUUGUCUUUGUCGAAGUGGGAAAAAAAGUUACACUGCAUGAUAACCUCAAUUUCCAUCUUGUUCAGGGAUGUGAUUUUUUUGGAUACCAGUUGUUACCAUAUGUAUUAGUUGUGCAAAGCCUCCAGUAGCGCUGAUAAAUGUGAGGUAUUGACAAACCUUCUGCCUUUGACUGAUUCAUAGGGACUCAUCACCAUCUUAAAUUAAGGAGUCUUGGUUGCAGGUGUUAAAAGUAUCAAACCUGCUUUUUCUGGAGUUGGAUAGACCCUCCAGGAAUCCGUGACUUUAAAGUCCUCUGAGGAAAUUACAGUAGUCCGCGGAAUACAAGGCGAGGUGCCGAAUAUGAUAUUUUAUAUGUAGUAGUUUUCAGAUGACAGCUCUCACUUGAAGAGAAAAAGUUCACCUCCAGAGGACCUCAUUUUAAAACGACAGAAAACGAUCACAACCAAAAUCUCCACUAAAACCUGCUGAGGACAGAGAAAAGGUUUGCUGUUGUGUUGUAAUUAUUUUAACCACUCGGACCCGGUGUCCGCACAUGUGCGGGUAAGACCGUGACAUGAGCCUCUCCCUCUCAUCUCUAGCCUCUAACUUCACAAGGACGAGAUGAAACAACAGACUUUUCUCUGGUUUUGCUACAGGAGGGUUAGAGCAUGUCUAAAAUUUUGUGUUUUCAUAUUUCACUGACCUGUAUUAAUGUUUUUAAAGAUUUUAAACACUUUUAAAACACGUUUUAAACGCGCUGCGUACAUGAGUGACUCCGGUAGAAAAGAGGAAGCUGAAGAAGCCCUCAGGUAACUUCACCGUCAGGUAACUUCACCCCACUAUCAUACAACAAAACACAUCAGAACAUCCUCCUCUUUAACAUGAGAACAGUCUUACCUCACUACGAUGUAGAUAAACCCCUCCGGUUUUACAACGGUAAGCAGGUAAAGUUUCCUUACGAACAGAAAAAAGUAAUCCAUUCUCGUCAUUUUCAGCAGUGAAAUUCGCCGGUAAACUUUGUUUUCAGUCUUUUUCCAUGAAGUUCCCCACAAGCUAACGCAACAAACAUUUCCUUCUGAUUUAACCACAAAAAUGCCAAUCAAGCUGACAGACAUUUCAGUCUGGCCAACCACAGCCCAAAUCUCACUGUCCGUACCUGCCCAUCUAUACAGCGAUUGGAUGAAUCAAUUCAAGUUUGAAAGUAGUCGAUUCAUUCUGCCAAUGGGAGGCUCUCAGACGAGGGGUUGAUCCAGGUAAUCUCCACCGAUUGGCUGAGAUACAAGCCUGCGCAGCGUUUCAGCGCGAAGCCAAGUAGCUACAGCGAUGCUAAAUGCUAACGCUACCAGGAGCACACAGACAACGGACGGAACGCACGGCGCAGCGACUCGAAUCACGUAUAUUAUUGUUGUAACCAUGAUUACCGCCAUUCAAGAUGGCGGUGUUAGCUGUUAGUGUUUUUGACACCUGAGUAAUGUCCCAAAAGUCCAAGAUCAUAAUUUUAUGAACUAUAUCAAAGUCAUAACAACAAAUCAAGAAUUGUUCUCUGCAGAAUCAAUUUUUUUUCUCUGCAGAUUCCUAGAGGGUCUAGUUGGAGUAGUUUUAUUGACAGCCUCACAUGUACUUGCUAGUCCUUUACCAGAAUUGGUGGUACUGUGCUUACAGGGUAGGACUGUGUGCUUUGUUUUAAUGUGUUUUGGUAAAGUCCUGUAAUAGCUGGCUCCUCCAGCAUGUUACACAACCUUAGAGAAAACUCUCACUGAAAUGUAAGACUAUCAGUCUGCAGCCUGAGAUUCCUUCACUGAUUUAAUUUAAAAAAAAAAAAAAAGAUGUUUAUGAAGACACAAUCUCAAGAUCUACUUGAGCUAACUAGUGUGACAGUAUAACCUUUUUUCUCAGGCUUUGUCCUCUUGCUCUCUGUUUGAUAAAGUCACCUACCAUCACCAGUGAAUGAAUGAAGAGUAGCUUUGACAUAACCAAUCUAACCAUUAAAUCGACACAUUUCGUUGAUCUUUUCCUGAACAGCACAAAUACCCUUCUUUAACACAUUAAUACAGAAUCGGAUGUUUAAAUAUCCUAAUUGUGUCCAUGUGCAUAGCUCAUUAUUUUAAAAUAAACACAAUGAAUGAGCCAGAUUUGUGUCUAUGGCAUCAAUCUAUCUGACUGAAGCCAGGGUAAAAAUCCUGCACUCCAUUUUCAUCCUAAAGCUGUAGUGUUUUUUAUAGAGGUAGAAUGGAAAUGGCAGCAUGAAAUUAUCCAUUUGUUGUUUGAUUUCAGCCAAGCCGUCUGUGCCUAAAUGCUGGGUGGAAGGAGGGGAGCUGGUUGGGGAGGCUGUGUCUCUGCACUGCAAGUCUGCAAAAGGCUCCACUCCCUUAAAAUACACGUGGAGGAGAGAAAUUGGAGGCCCCAUCCCUGCUGCAGCCACACAGAGUAAGUGUGACCUCUGCUGACUCCCUGCUGUUACUGCAUAUCAAAGAGAAUGAUGAAGAGGGAGAGGUGCAUGAGGAGGGGGGCUGGGGGACUGCUGCUCUGAUAGAAUUUAAAUCUAUUUGUGAGAAACUCAAUUUUCUUUUUGUAACAGUCUUAAAAGUUUGACUCAACAACAAGUGACAUGAGUACUGUCACAGGUUUGUAUGCAUGAGGCACAAUCAAUUCUGCACGCAGCACAAAACUAAUUUCCUUCAAGAGUUUACACCCAGGAACCGUCACAAUCCAAAUCACAAUAGCAGCUGAAAUUGUCUCAAAUUUGAGAGGACAAAAAAAAAAAAAUACAAACACAAACAGCUGUGAGCAACAGUGACAGCAGGAUAUGUCCGAACAGAUUAAUGUGGCGUGUUAAAAGCAACACACAACACCAACUUAGUAGCAGAUGCCAGCCAGCUGCACCUGAAGUUGUUAGUCUGACAUAAACAGCACAAAGCAACAGUUUAUCUUCAGGUAACAAUGCCAGCACACAGCAUCACUGUGGCUCACACAGUUUUCUCUUUCAUUAUUCACUGCGUGCUCUCAGGCUGUCAGUUUUUCAAAACUUCUACUUGGAUCAAAUGUCAAACAUGUUCUGAUACCUUCCAGUUUUGGAUGACAAGCCAUCAGGCGAGCCAGAAAAUUUGUUGUCAUACAAAGUUGAUAUGCAGCCCAGUUUUUCCAUCUACAGUGUCUAAACCAAAAUACUUUCACACUGAUGGUGAUUGUACUCUUUGGUUGACCAUGGCCUCCAUUUUUGUAGAAUAGCAUUAUGGUAUUAGUUUACUCAGGUCACGGAUUGGCCAGGUUACAAUCAGAGCGCCCUCUACUGGUCGUAUAUCAAACGACUUCAAGCGGCCUGAUGCGCUGGGAUUCUGUAUGAUUAUAAGUUCAAACAUCUCAUCACAGCUCAAAUAUGAACUUUGAAUGAAAACUCUAAUUUUGAAUAAAAAGGUCACAUUGUACAUGCAGAGACUUUCCUUUGGUUCUCUGGCAUUAUCAGUCAUCUGACCGGCAACCUGAGACAUGAAGUUAAAAAUCCAUGUUAAACUCUGUGGACCCAACACUCAAUCAACAGCAAAUCAGUGAGUUAAAACUCAACAUAAAUGGGUGUGAAUACUGUUGUAUUUCAGUUUGCUUUUGGCGGCUGGUUGUCAUAGCAGCAUUUCCAAACAGAUAUCAUAAAGAUGAAGCUGAGAGAAGCUUCCAUCAGGUGAAAAUUAAUGAGCCAGGUCUGGAUCGAGACAAUCUGUCCUGACUCUGUUGAUUUCCACAGUAAUUAUUCUCCUGUAAAUAAAGUAAAUCCCCAACAUAUUCUGCAAUUUUUUGCACAUUUACAGCAUAUUCAGUUCACCCUGUUUCUCAGCAACAGUGCUGUCCAGCACAAUCUGAAAGUUAGAGUAACACAAGCAAGUAUCUAGAUAAGUGGGAACAACCAAAAUCCAGAAACCCCCAAUACUCCACAUGCAAAGCAGGUGUUUUCCUUCUCUGUUGUAAUGUCUUAACUCCGUUACUCAUAUAGAAAACACUUAGCACCCGAGGUUUCCCUCUGUGAGCUGCUUGUGUGCUCAGCACAUGUAUUGUACAUGAGUAAACCUGUGUUCUGUGUGUGUGUGUGUGUGUGUUCUCUUAGACAGUGUGACAGGGGAACUGAAAAUCAGCAACCACUCUCUGAGCUUAGCAGGAAUCUACCUUUGUGAGGCGAACAAUGCAGUUGGAGCAGAACACUGCAGGAUCAACCUGAAAGCCAGCAAACGUGAGGAUAACGCACCCCCACACAGAAUGCUCCACACCAUAUAUACAUCACACAUGAUGCACUCAUGUGAUCACAACAGACCUAGAUUUCAUCCUCUUAAGUCUUCUCUCUUUGUAGCUGUGCCACAAUCCCCCCAUUGCUCCAGUUUUCGCUCUAAACUAUUUAACUGUGGCGCUCAGAAACAUCUUUGUGUUAUCCUGAUUAUGUUGUCUAACGGUGUCAGGAGAAGGUCGAGGUAAAGUGAAUAAAAAAAAUCACUUCUGUCAAAAUAGACAAACCAUCCUUGGCCGUGUGCUUUUCAUCACUGACUUCUACUGCUGAGUCACAAACUCGCUUUUAAGUGUCGGUGAAAUGAUACUACUGCCUCGCGCGUCAACAGACCCUAUUAGCUUCAUAAAGAGUAAAUGAGACAAAAAAUGACAGGAACGGAGUAUAGGUGGACUCAUUAAAACCACCUACGUACCAGACAGGAAGCAAAGAAACACCAGAGCUGUCUCUCUCACAGGAGGCUGAUGAAUCUAGGGGCUGUAAGUGCACCAGAUGGAGUACAGUCAGUGAUUCAGUAUGACAUCUUUGAAUAAAUCAUAUAGGUUAAGACCGAAACAGACGCUCUUCUUUCUGUGGAUCCACAAAAUAAGUUUGUCUUAGAGUGCCUCAUGAUCUGUGGUGCAGACUCCCCAUAUAACAUCUUUUUGAGUCUGUGACUUGUACUCCCUAUGUGCAGAUCUUUGGCUGUAGGCAGGGAAUCAAUCGUUUUCAUGUAGUCUGCGGUCCUGGACCAGGGGCUCCGACCAAAGGAUCUGCAAAAUCAUGUAAAAGAUAUUAUCCAGAGUGAUAAGGGUUGCUACACAAAUUCUUAUACCUCAUUUUAUUUUUGUUGACAUGACAAAAAGAGAUUAGUGACAAAUUUAAUAUCUUUAUCACUUUGUAAAAAUUAAAAUCACAGUAACACACGUAUCCCAUCAAGUGUAUUCAGUGAACGUUAGACUAUUGUGAUUAUACGGUAAAGGUUGUUACACACCGGCGAAUCAGCGAAGGGAAAUUGCGAAGAGAAUAAUUGGCUUUUUUUUGUUUUAAACCUCAAAGUCAGUGCAAGCUUCCACACCGGCUACGAACUUCUGCAGAGCGAAAAAGUGACUGAAAUUUUUUUGCCUCGUAGCAAAUUUUUGUGAACAUUCGCAGGUGAACUGCUGUAUAAAUCUAUAACCUCAUAUGAAUCUUAGCUCAAACAUGUGGCAAACCGUUGAUCUGGAUCAAUCGUCUCUCUGUAAUUUGUCCUCUCCCUCUGCAAACGUGGAGUCAGCUGAUGGAGCAGUUCUUGAAAUUGUCCGAGGGACAUUCAGAAGUUUUGUCGGAAUUUCUCAGGAUACAAUUCGAGCUCCUGGAUCGUCUCUACCCAAACACUUUGAUUCUUCUUUUUCUUUUAAUUUAAUAGGCUUACAACCAUGACCAGGUCAUCACCACUUGAGGAUGUAGUCACCAUUGCUUCUCCUUCUUCUCUCUUCGUGUCGCACCAGGUGUGUAAAGGAAAAGGUUUAAGCCGAAUAUUUCGCAUUUGCACGUCGCUUCGCUAAUUCGCCGGUGUGUAACAACCUUUAGACUGGCAUUACCAGAAUCAGCCAUCCAGUCAGCUCAUUAUCAGCUGUACCAUUGUAUAGAGACGGUGGUAAUGUUGAAGCUAAAGUAGAAUAAAUGUUGCAGCUUUAUAGAGACAUUGAGAAAUGCCUGAACACAUCCAAACAUCAACAGACCCAUCAGUCCACCUUAAAUAGCAUGCAAAGACACGCACAAGUCCAUCAGGAAUAACGGUCUCGGCCAGAUCCGGCCCUGGUCGCAGCUCUGUUUGCAUUUGUUCUGCAGGGUUUUGGUUUGGUAAACUGUUGUUGCAUUUUGACUUUUCCCAGCAACCAUAAGAAAUAAGUGACGCCAAUUCAGACGCCAUUUCCAGCUAUAUAUCACCCGUAAUUUGUCUGACUGAAAGAAGUAUUUAUCUGGGCAAAAAGGAAGAGAAAUGAGUCUGUCUAUGUUUUUGUUAGUCUCAUAAAGACACACUCUCGCCUGCUGACACUGUGUUAGCUAAACCCAUGUCCCACAUUAUUAGUUUAAUGCAUGCUUGCCAUAUUUUUUUUGGAGAGAAGCCACGAGGAGGGGGAAAGCUAUCAAAGAAAUGCUUAGACUCUAAUGAGCUAAUUCAUUAAUAAAGUGGCAAUCAGCAAUCCAGUCUGAAUGAUGGUGUUAUGAAAAGAUAGUAACUUUUAAGGUUUACGUGUCAAGAGAGCCAUGAUUCUUUACACUGGAGUCUAAUUAAAUUCUUCACACUCUCUUCUUUCCUGCCGCAGAGCCUCUGAGAGAAUAAUUCACUGUCUUUAUACUGAUUUUAUAGCCCCAAACAGAGCGGCAGUGAUAGUCGGCACCGUCGUGGGCUCUAUACUCCUCACCUUCAUCCUGCUGGUCUUCAUCGUGCUUGUAGUCUGGAAGCUGAGCAGCAGACAUCGCCGUGAAAAGGAGUUUUCAAACGAGAUCAGGUACUGUACAGCUCUGAAUCUCUAGCAGAGAUAUCAGGGCACAGUUAGAGAUGUUGGCAGUUUGACGGUUGGAUAAGUGAGUCGCUGCAAGGGGGAACAAAUCCACACACUGUCUGACAAGUUUCUCACAGUGUUCAUUCAUCCCCAAAAGUCCUGAGAGCGAGAAACUUCUGCCUGUGCUAAUGCUGAGUGGUGCUGACAGAUUACAAGAUCCUGAUAAAGGGUCGGAGUAUUCGGUCCAAAUGUUCCUCUUCAGUGUAAAUACAGGUUUUGAUUUCUUAUGUUUAAGACGAAUGAGAAAAGACAUUACAAACCAGAGACUGUCUUUAGAAUGGACGUCGUCUGCCUCCUUGUUGGGUGAAGCCACCGCAAAAACAGCACCCUCUGGUGAUAGGCUGCAGUAAAGGUCAUAAAUCUCACCUCUUCCAGCAAUCCCUAUGGAGCUGUGGACAAACUUUACAAAUUAAUUACACAGAAUAUAAUUUUUUCUCCCCCUUGGUUGCGAUGGUGAUGUGUAGUUACUGUCAGACUGGUUUGUGCUCAAGUCCUCUUUUUUCUGUUCAGCUGCAUUUGCAAAAGUUAUUCAGGGUUCAUGUUUUCUAUGAUUGACACUCGGGAGAGUCGCUGUUUGAGCUGAGGGCAUCACUGCGACUCGCCCACCGAAUGCGUACAACGCUACUGCGCAAGUGGCGGCUCCAGGAAGCGGAUAAAAUAAUAGAAAUACUGAGAGCAAUUUAGCUUCAAAUUUGUAUAAUGAUGGAAGGCAGAACCAAGUUGUCCAUAGUUUAUACAGUCUAUGUUCAAAUAUGUCGUCAACAAGAGCACCUGUGAGACGCUCAUAAGAGUGGUACAAACAAAUCCCAUAUGCUAGCAACAGGAUGACGAGUGGUUCAUAUAGUAGAAAUAACACAACAGAAAAUGAGUUUUUAGACACUUUUUAGACAGAACAAGUCUGGACUACUGAGUGCUGGUUGUUAUGAUUGUGUUUAAAUCUCUCACAUUCACCCCAACACUCAAUUAUGCAGAUCCAGUCCUCUACAUUCACUCAUUAAACUCAAUAAUUGAGAUUUGGUGAGAUUUUUCUCAGGUAGAUAAUGAUGCAAACAUAACUGCUGACAUUAUAAAUAACCUCAGUUCAGCUGCAUGCCACAUCUAAAGCCUGAGUGGGAUUCAUUAUAAGUUACAGAGUCUUUCUUCUUGUUGCUCUCCUCCGUCUUUCUUUCAGAGUCACAAACUUAAGAGGUUUCGCUCGUGUCAACAAACGCUCGGUUUUUCUUGAGUUCGACUCGUAGCAUGAAUACACACUUAUUAAGUCUUGAAAAACACUGGGAAGUGACACUUCAAGCUCUGAGAGAUUUUCUGGGGUACGAUUCGAAUAUGAAUAUUUCAAAUCAUUUUGUGCCCAGCUCACUUUGUUUCUGCGCGUAGAGUACCGAAUCCUGACACGUCAUCUUAUAACAUUUCACAUUUUGUGAAACUGUAAACUCUGCUUUGAAGAAGAAAAAAAAAGAAAAUACUACAAAGCAAAUAAUUCCACUAUUAGCGGGUUCUGAUCCAGAGUCUAGGUGGACUGGCAUCUGUCUUGACGGGUGGGUUUAAGCUGUGACACACAUUUAGCAAACAUGCAUAUCACACCCAUUGAUGCUUUUCUGCUUAAAUUCUCAAAGGGGCAGAAAUAAUGAGCAAGCAUAACAAAAAGUUCAAAAAUACUCCCAUGAUGAGCUUGACUAGUUCUCAUAAAUGUGUAAACAUGAGGCUAAAUCUGUCCGCCAGAACCAAAAUGUUCUGACAAUUUGCCUUUUCCACAAGUUUUUUAUAUGCCAGACUGUGUCUUCAGCUCUGAGCAGUUCCCAGGCAACCAGCAGGUAUUUAAACAGUUGAUGUGCCUUGCAAAUAAAAAUGUUUGAAACUCAAAUCCUCCCUGGAAUGGCCAAGAAAAGGAAAACCAUGCAUUGAUUUGUAAACUGCAGAUUUCACUGCUGUUGAUGCUUUUUGCUUCCAUUUAAAAAGUCAGUCCAGCUGUUUAAUAUCUACUUUAAGUCAUUGUGCAAGCUUUUAGGAAACUGACUUUUGAAUUGGGACUAACCAUAGACUGUAUAUAAAAUGGACUCCGUCUGCCUCCUCGCUACAUGAAGCCAUUGCAAGAACAGCACCCUCUGGUGACAGGCUGCAGUAUAGGUCAUAAAUUCCACCUCCUCCAGCAAUCCCUAUGGAGCUGUGGACAAACUUUAGAAUUUUAUUACACAGAAUAUAAACUUUUUCUCCCCCCUGGUUGUGAUGUUGACAUGUAGUUACUGUCAGACUGGUUUGUGUUCAAGUCCUCUUUUUUCUGUACAGCUUUAAUUCAGUCUAUGGUUAAUUUCAUCAGGGAGAGCGUACCAAGUGCUAAUGGGGGUGUUUCCAGAGCACCCCCUUUUCACAGGUAACAGCCAGACUCAGAACACCCCCCCUUGUUUUCACCAUUUUGGAUUCACCCAAUCAACGUAUGGUGGUUGGACUUUUAGUUAAUUCUCCUGUUUUCCUGAACAUUUUGUCCUCAUAUGUCACCAUUUUUGUUUUAAAACCAACCGUAAUGUCCGUCACUGAGUUUUGACACAGCUUUCAGGCUGUAACUUUAGCUGUUAUGAAACUUAAAAGUGACACAAAGAUCUGCAAAAAUUAAGUAUUAAACAAACAAAGAUAAGUGAAAUAUUUUUAGUGAGGGUGAAGCAUUAAAUUCCCUCAUGGGCAGACGUUGUUGCAUCCUUGCAGAAAUAUCGUUUCUGGCGUUGUGCAAAGAUGAAUCACAGCUCCUCUCUGUGACAUUCGGCUGCCUUUAUAACAGGCCAUUACUGUUGGGUUUUGUGGAGUUCAAACAUUAGUGGAAAAAUAAUAGCUGUUGAAUCUUUUGAGGAUUCUGUUAGGGGAGUGGGCAUUAGUUUCAAAAGUGAGUUUUUGUCGUAGUGAGACACACACUUGGAUUAAAUAUGAUCCAUAUAAAAGACUAAAUAGCUUCAUUUUGUCUGCUCUUCAUAAACAUAACCCAAAAGACUGGUCCAGAUCCCCGAACAUUAGAGAGAAUGAACAUCACUUUUGUGCUCAUUUAUGUAAAGAGAGGAAACACCACAGUUUCAUGAAGAAGGAAGAACAAUCCUUCUUUUCUCCCGUGUGGUUUUUAAUGUUGGGAGUUUGCAGUUGAGGCAGGCGGCUCUGUGAAUAUAUAUGUCUGCUGUUAAUGAAGGAACCCAUUAUACAGAUGCAAAUCCUUGUCAGUCAAAGACACCUCCAGAUUGGAGUCAACAGUUCCUUCAUAAACAAAGUGGAAGGGAUCAACCAAUGUCACGUCUAGAUGUCAAAACAUCCUCCCGUCAAAUAAACCCAGCACAGCAAGGCUUUAUAAAGAAGUGAGUAAAAUAUGUAAUGUUGAUAUAUGCAUUUAGACAACUCAUUAAACUUUUGACCUGCAUCUCUACAUGCAGAGGAGAUCACUCUUUGUGCCAGUUUUCACAUCAUAACAACAAAACUAGACUUGAACCGGGUCCACUUAACACAAGUGCGUCAGAGAAAACAAUCCAGGUAGAAAAGAGAAUUGUUCAGGAUACUUUUAUCUCUCGUUUUUACAGGUUGCUUCUGCUCACACUGAAAUAUCUCCUCAUAUAUCACAUCAAUUCUCAAACUCUUUUAAGACAUCCUUGGUUUAUGAGAGAAGCUUCAAAGUACAUUUCAGUUAUGAAACCUUUUUUUUUUUUUAUUGUUUAUUUUUUUGCAAUCAGCUUUUUCAAAUAGAUAUUUGGAUGAUUUGGUUUGGACCUUCAUGUAGAUACUGUCUCUAUUUAAAAACACAGCGUUUCUAGCUUAACCUGCUUUUUUGAGACUUGGAUUGUUCUCUGUGUUUCUCUGUAUCAGAGCGAAAAUAGCACAACAUAUCAAAACUGAGCAGAACAUAAUCAUCCAGAACACAGGUACAAAAGACCACAACAGAACAAUGUUGGUGCGUGUUUCUUUAAAUAAUUAUUGGCCAAAACUAUUAAAUAUAAUAAAAAAAACAUUUGCCUGUGCUGCAACAUCCAAACUCAUGGAAAAAGGCUGCAGAAAACGCCUCUUAAACAGAAGCUCGUGGUUCCCUGGCUCUGAGCCUGAUGGCCUACCUGACAUCCCUGUGAGGAUCUCUAUCUCAUGCAAGUAAACAAUGUCUCCCAAAUAAUUUGGAGUUUAAGUUCAUAUGAAGCUGAACACAGCCCACAUGCUUUCAGAGUAGAUGGAUGAAAUGGGAGCAGUGUCAGUGUGGGAGGACAGCGUUGUGAAAAAAGACACAGAGGAGCACUCCAAGCCACAAUCCUGACAGAGCUUCUCCAUAUCUGUGACAUACAGCAGCACUGCUCUUUUCACAUGAACAUGGCGAUGAUGUGAAAUGCUCAUCGAAAAACGGGAGACAGGGCAGGGAUCACUCUAGCCAUGACAACAGUUACUCUCAGAUCUGUCAUUGUGGAAGGAUAAAGAGUAAAAACUGCAGCCUGAGCGGGGGUGAAAAAGUUCAGAAAUUAGUCAUGGAAAAUAUCAAAUCAGUUCAAGUACUUUCUACUCUUCACCUACAAAAAUAUGUUAGAAUGAGAAAAACUCGAAGUCUUUAACACGUUAAAAACAUCCAAGUGUGUAUUAUUAGUGAGAACAUAAACUGUUCAGACACCCUCACAAAUCAUCCCCAAGGUAGCUUAAAUUAAGAUACACAGUUAGCGCUUGAUUGCAUACAGUAAGUAAGUGUGUAGAAACAAUCAUUAGAAUCAGUUUUAUCAGCCAAGUAUUACUCCAGUUAACUUUUAUAUAAGAUAAACAUUUAUAUUGGCUGACCAUACAACAUUAACCGAUACGUACAAGCCCAUAUAAUAUUAAGAAUUAAACCGAUAUGUCCGGGGGCACGACUCAUUCAUGCAUGAAUCAUAAAACCCUCAGUCAGGAGUGUUUUACUGAAGGUUUUUAUUCAUCUUAUUUCACCUGUUCAAGGGCAAACAACCUGCAAACAGACUUAAAUAGAAGUGAAGAAGAGGAACUUGCUUUCAUUUUCCACACCUGGCAAGAAAAAUUCCAGUGAAGUCAGCAAAUAACCUCAGUUAGCAAACAUGAAUACCACUGCCAUUUUGUGAAAAAUGUAAAUAAAUCACUUUUUAGAUAAAUAAGAUCAACUUUGGGUCAAUACUCAGUGUCAGUUUGUCAGUAUUGAGUGAGUAAGAAGUGGGCUAAUCUGUAGUGGGAAAGAGCAGGAUCCUGUUCACCCACUGAAUAAAUCCAGCGUACCUUUCCUCUGGAGUUCCUACUCAACAGUUCAUCUUAACGACAAAUACGCUGGAAGUUCCAGUUCAAAGAUUUAUUUCUAAUAUAAACAAAUUAAAUACAGAAUAAAUACAGGCAUGAUCAAUAUCAUAAUGUCAAUAAUGAACAAAUAAAUUAACUAACAUGAUUCAAAAUGCAAACUAAGAAACAACAUAUUUUUUUAACCAUAAGAAUAUCUGAGAUAGUAACUCAAAGAUGAGUUAUUGAACAGUUUAAACAAAGGAAACUCACAGGUUAAAUAUGCAGUCAGAGACACUGGUGGGAUCCCUCUCCGUCAGUCAGCUCCAUUGUCUCCAGUGUUCUCAGAGUUUGCAGCAGGUGAGCCGGACGCCGAGGAACCCAGAAACCACAGAAACACUAACAAGAGCAGAAAGAGUGAAAAACAGCACAAACAUCAAACCAGAAAGCUAACAGACAAUAUCUAAAAUUUGUCAUAAAACAUCUAUAAAGGGAUCAUUUCCCAUUAAAAAACAACAGGUCUCUGCAUAAGUGGUCCUACAACAGUGACUAAAAUACCUCAAACGUACAAACAUGUUUCAAGGACAACAAACGUACAAACAUGAUUCACUUACCGCAUUAAACUGAGUGUGGGAGUUCAUUAUGUUUGUGUUGAUUGCUUUUGAAACUGUUUGAGAAAGAUAAACUCCCAGGUGGACAACCUACUGACAAAAAAUACCAGACAACAAAUUGGUAUUUUAUUUAAUUCACUGAGUAAGUUUGGUUCUCUCUCUUGUUAGCAGCUUUGUUUUCAAACACAAUACACCCCCACACCCCCAAAACUGGAGACAUCAUUUCCCAAAUCAGCCCAACAAAAGCAAAUUUAUUCUCUUUACCAGCAAAAACCUGAGUCCUUGGCCUCCACAGGAUCAGAAAAUGCCAAAGUCGAUCAGUUGUGCGGGCGUUAUCUUUGACAGAGGAGCAGAUCCCGACUGUUGCUGCUGCUGCUGCAAAGUUACAUAAAUGCAGAAUGCAAAGAAGCUUCUAAGCUUGAACAUUGGCAGCGGCGGCGGCGACGAGGGAAGAUUGCACUGUAUGCUUCUUGUCAGCGUUUGAUGGUUGAACCACCACCAGAGUGAAUUUUAUGCUUCAGUGAAGGAGGAGGAGUGAAAGAAAGGCCUCGGAGAAAGUAGGAGCUCUUGGAAAACACAUCUAAAAAGUCUAAGACAACAAAUCUUUAUGCCCUUAACAUACAGGGCAGUGUGAUUAUCCUGAAGAGUGCUGCACACCCACUCUGGUAAAUAUGGAUACAAGCAUGCAGACGACAACUAAAACAACCUGGUGCCCUACAUCCAAGCAACGUUAAUGUACAGAGAAAUAUGUCAGUGCAAAAGUCCAACAAUAAAUCAACCCUUCAGUCUUUUUUAUAUACAGAGUAUAUGAACGGAUAAAUAAGCUCAACAUUUGUUGUUUUGCAUCUCUUAUUGUUCAGGAUUGCAGCUUUUAGGUUCUAUUUUAUGAGUCAAACUGUAUUUGUAUAUAUUUCAUUGUGUGUCCAAAGAUUUCUCUUUGAAAAUCUCAUGAUUCUGGUCAUUGUUCAAGUCACUCUAUAUCGCCUCUAUUUUACCAUGAUAAAAAUAAGUACAGACAUAAUAACCAAGGAAAUAAAACCCUCUAACUUUCUCAUAUUCCUCUUUUUGUCCUCAAACAGGGAGGACGUUCCACCCCCUGAAAGCCGCCCUGUGAGUCGCCAUACGAGCAGGAGCACCAGUCAGCACCCGCAGGUUUCUUACUGCCAGGUUGGUGAGAGCGAGGUGAACUCUGUCAGCGAAGGCCGCACACACGCUCCCUCCAGCAACAGCCACGGUCACACACCGGUCAAAUUCACACCAGUCCAAUACGACAGCCAGUACGGAUACGCAGUCUGA